AAAGCAAAUUCUAAAGAAACAGUUCUCGUAUCGCCUGUCUCCUUUCACACCAGCGACGGCUCUUCGCCUGAAGCCCUCUGCCAAGGGCCUCCCAAUCCCAUUCCAAUGUCGGCCACCGCGCUCUUCCUCCCCGCAAAUCCAAACCCGACGCCUAGCCUCCCCUGCUCCUUCCGCCAAACCACGCCGGCUUCCACAUCCGACGUGCUUCACUUUCGGCUCCGCCUCCCCCGCCACGCCCGCGCUCGGACCCAUCUCCCCGCCGCAUUCGGGAGGGGAUCGCCUGCGGCCGGGCGCGGAGCGAAGGACUACUACGCCACGCUGAAUAUCCGCCGCGAUGCCACGCUGCAGGAGGUCAAGGCCGCCUACCGGACCCUGGCCCGCAAGUAUCAUCCUGAUAUGAACAAGAGCCCUGAGGCUGAAGAAAAGUUCAAGGAGAUAAGUGCUGCAUAUGAGAUUCUAUCAGAUGAAGAUAAAAGAUCAUUGUAUGAUCGUUCUGGGGAAGAAGGGCUCUAUGGUGAUUACGUUCAUGGAGAUAUUGGUACACAUGGGAUUGAUCCAUAUGAACUCUUUAAUGCAUUCUUUGGUGGUUCUGACAAGAUUUUUGGAGAUAGCAUGGCCCCUGGGGGAUUUCAUUACAGUGCGGAAGUGAACGACAACAGGGGACUUGAUAUUAGCUAUGAUCUUCUCCUUUCUUUUGAAGAAUCAAUCCUUGGAGGCAAACAGGAAAUCAAUAUUUUUCGCCAUGAAACAUGUGGCACUUGUCAUGGGACUGGAUCUAAAUCUAGCAAUGGCAUCACAGAAUGCACUCGAUGCAGAGGUCAGGGCAGGUUGAUGAAAACUCAAAGGACACCUUUUGGUAUUGUUUCUCAGAUAUCUUCAUGCUUAAAUUGUGGUGGCAAUGGGAAGGUAAUUACUGAACAUUGCACAGAAUGUCACGGUUCAGGCAAAGUCCAAGUUGAACGCGAUAUUAAAGUAGACAUACCUGGAGGCAUUGCUGAUGGCUCCACCAUUCGAGUUAGAGGAGGAGGUAGUGUUGAUAAGCAAAGGGGAGCGAGUGGCGACCUGUAUAUAUUCAUUCGCGUUAAUGAAAAACAAGGCAUCCAUAGAGAUGGUCUCAAUUUGUACUCGGAUGUCUCAGUUGAUUAUACUGAUGCAAUCUUGGGAACCACAGUGAAGGUUGAAACAGUAGAAGGAUUCAGGGAUCUUCAUAUUCCUUCUGGCACUCAGCCUGGAGAGAACUUAAAAUUUUCUCAAUUAGGAGUUCCGGACAUUAGCAGGCCUAACAUCAGAGGAGAUCACUACUUCGUGAUAAAGGUGAAGAUUCCGAAGAAUAUCAGUGAUCGGGAGCGUUCGCUCGUUGAAGAGCUUGCCACACUAAGUAAAGCUCAGAAUAUUUCAGUUCCACAUGAAGUUCCAUCCCUCCAUCCAUCUGCAAGGAGGAAAAGAUCAUUCUGGGGGUCUAUAUGGAAUUUGUUCAGGGAAGAUAAAGGGGAUCAGAGAUACGCUUCAAUCAGUGUACAGCCUAUUAUUCCAGGAUGGACUUCUCGCCGAGGGGCUGAGCCUGCUGUUCCGUUGCUGCUAAAAGGAUUCCUCAUGAUAGCAGCAUUCUUACUCGUGAUCAGCAGAACCACUAAACCCAGGUUUAUUCGGAACCGUGAUGAUCGUCCAACUCAGGCCAAAGUAACUGCACAGCCAGAGUGAAUUUUUGUGAUCCUGUUUUCUGAAUUUUAAUGGCAUCGCAGUCUGGUGAUCAUAAUUUUGCCGCUCAAAGCUGCUGGGGAAAAGAAUCUGUCCUGGACGGCUUUCUAGAAUGAUAGAGUUAUAGACUGCUUCUCACUAGUCAUUUUGUCAUCAUGCCAAUUGCCAACAUGUGUCGUCGUUUAUAAGAACUUGAGGCAGUUUUGGCGAAAAUCAGAGGAAAGGAUGCAGAAACAUGAUUGUGGAGUGUGGACAAAUGUACAGUCUUCCAGCUUGUCUGCACAAAUUUGUGUAGUGUUCCAGCCUGGAACGCAGUGUACAUUGACGCGUUAAACAAAAUAACCUUAUUUCUCAUGAAAGUUUCAGGGUUUGUUUAGUUUACAGCCUUCGUGGCAACGAAGUUCAUGAGCACUGAAUUUUCGAAAGCAAA